AUGACGCUGCCCCCAGAUGAAGAAGGAGGAGAGCGCCUUCGGAAACAGUCCAUGCAUCUUCCCUUUACCUUUGCUACAGGACAGGCACUCAGCAAAGGGAAAUCCAGCAGGUCCAGGAAGGCCUCCCAGAGGCAUGGAGGGCACUCCCAGAAGGAUGCUGUUAACCCCAGUUCUCUGCUGGGUGCCAUGAUGCAACAGGACAAGGCGGUUUAUGUCUCCCACCCAGCUCCUGCACCUAACCACUCCUUCAGCAGCAGUUUUGAGGACCACCUCGAGGAUGUGUCCUUGCUGGAUGCAGGAAGAGAUGCUGGGAGUAUGAGCAUUGCUCCAGUUCCUUUGAAGGGGGCCAGCCUCAAAGAGGGGCUUGUGGAUUUGCAGCAGGACUGCCCUGUCUUGGCCACUUUGGACUCGCUCUCAAUUAUAGGUGAUGAGAGCUGUUCCAACAAUGAGCUCUUCAGUGCACUGGAGGGCCUGGGGUUGAAUGCUGAGGACCUGGAGCUCCUACUGCUGGAUGAGAAAAUGGUGUUGGUCAACAGGGACUCUGAGCACAGCCCAUCCCUGAACAACUGCUUUGCCAGCAACGAGAUUCUCUCCUACAUUCACGCCACUCUGGUGAGCAGGUACGAAGUGGGACAACAGGUCUAUCCCCUGCCAGGCACGUCCCUGAGCCCACAGGGAGGGACUGCCACCUACCAGGCCCACAUGGAGGACAAGGACUCACAGUUCCUGCCCCAGCCUGUGAUGCAGCCCAGCGUGGCCCCAGGCCAGCCCCCUGCUCCCCUCUGGGAGCAACCAGUGCCAGCUGAGGAGGAGGAAGAGCCAUCUGAUGGCUUGCAGUGGAAGCCAGCUGGGGAGGAAGGUCUGCUCCGCUUCUUCCAGCCAGCACAGGGCACCUCAUGGGACAAAGCACCCACUUCACCCCCAGGAGUCUCCUGCCCACAGGAGCCACCUGGGACUCAGCAGCUGGAGGGUGACUUCACCACUGUGGGUCCCACCCAAGAAAAUCCCUGCCACUCCUUCUCCCUGCCCAGCCAGGGUCGGCUUAUUCCCAAGAAGCAGCCCAGCCCUGCUCCCUCCACCUCCCAGCACCCUUUUCCAGGCUCAUCUGCAGAGCAUUUUGGGAACGUUGUCAGCCCCUUGGAGACUCCUGGGAACUCCUAUGGGACAUACACCCUGAGCCAGGAGAGCAGGCACAAGUCUGACAGUGGCUGUGUUUUGCCCAGCACUCCUGUGAGACCCCCUGGAGACCACCCAGUGCUGGCGGGGAGCCUGGUUCCUCCUUGCCAGCUCCAUCCCCAGGAAGAAGUGCUGCCAGAUGACCCUCAUGCCUCCAGCAGGGACUGCUGCCUCUAG